AUGGAAGCGGCGGUGCCGGUGGCGGGGCUUGUGGCGGGGCUUGUGGCCGUGUCGGCCUUCAUGCUCUCCCAGCUUCGGAAGCAUAGCAAGCGUCCAGGGGGUGUCCGUGCCACACACAUCAUCUCCAUUCUUGUCUUGGGCCUUUCCGUCGCGAGCAUUCACUAUUUCACACUUCAUCUUGAUCGUCUCCAAGGAGCUGGCGCUAUAUUAUAUCCGAUCGUGAUCCUGAUCACGUCCCUUUGGUCCUCAUACUGUUAUGUGACUGCGCUGUCUGCGGAGCCAUCUGUCGUUCAUUGGUCACAGUGGAAAAAAGGGGCAUGUAUAGGGAGGGGUGCAUUUGGACAGGUUUAUCUUGCUUCUAACAGGCUAUGUGGGCUCUUUUGUGCGAUUAAGGAGAUACAAAUACCUGAUCCAGACUCAAAGGAACAGAUCAAGAAAUUAUCUUCGGAAAUAAAUUUUCUUUGUCAAUUCUCACACCCAAAUAUUGUCCAAUACUAUGGAAGUAAUCUGAUUGGUGGCAUUCUUUCAAUUUAUAUGGAAUAUAUGUCUGAGGGUUCAAUCCAUAGGUUACUUAAAGAUGGACCUUUUAACGAAGAUAGGAUUCGCCAUUGCACUGCACAGAUUCUCUCUGGCCUUGCCUACUUGCAUGAGAGGAAAAUUGCCCACAGAGAUAUAAAAGGUGGAAACAUACUUGUGGGCCCUAAUGAUGAAGUCAAACUUGCUGACUUUGGCUUGGCCAAGCAUAUAUCGUAUGAGGCUGCAAUACACUCUGAUAAAGGGACUCCAUUCUGGAUGGCUCCUGAAGUUAUAACGAGUAAAUCCAGUGGAAGCGGUUACAAUCUAUUGGCUGACAUUUGGAGCUUGGGAUGUACUGUUAUUGAAAUGGCAACGGGAGAACAUCCUUGGCAUGAACAUUGUAGACCCGGGGAACCAUGUCAUCAUCCGUUUGCAGGAAUGUUUAGGGCUGCAACCUCAGAUGAUACACCUGAAAUCCCUGAGAGUCUUUCGGAGGAAGGGAAAGAUUUCUUGAGGAAGUGCUUGCGACGUGACCCAGAGUCUCGCCCCACUGCAGCUCAGUUGAUGGAUCACGCUUUUGUGCGGGAUUAUUUUGCUUCUGUGCAGGGGCGAAGCCAGCCAAGCUCGCCACCGAGGUCGGCUCCACUGAGACGACGACGGGGUCAAAUACGUAUAUAACGAUGUUAUACACAGGAAUUUGCAGAUUUCAUCGGGCUCUGACGACCUCGAUGAGUACAUGCAGCUUCGCCUAUGCUUCUGUGUGAGCAUCCGAAAUCUAGCGCAUUGGAAGACAAGGUUAUUACUUAGUGUACUCAUAAAGUCAAGUCAGUCGAUGAACUGUACUAUAUAUCUCUAAGUGGUGGUAUCGUGUACCGUAAAAGACCUCUUGUGAGCAGCAAGUGGAAUGCAUUUGGGCAUGACAUGGCCAAAACAAAACGGUAUGUUACCACUACUAGCCUUUGUUACCUGAACAUUUCAGUCGGGAGGUGCAAAUGCGGCAUUUGGACAUAAACACAUGCCUGUAUCUGCGCAGCUGAGUAUGAAUGAGUAGUGUCGACGCA